AUGGGUGCUAUCAGUGUUUUUGUUACCCGCGCCAAUACACAAGAAGCAUCUGACCAAGACCUUUCACGAGACAGACUCAGCGAGUCUCGCAAUUCGGUCGUUCAAAACUGCGAGACCUUCUAUGAUCGUGUCUGUCAGGUUCCUCGCUUCUACACCGCCAUCCAGAACUCUGAUCGGCCACUGCGUUCUUCGGGAUCUUUCUUCCAAUAA